AUGGUCUACACACAAAUCAAUUUAGACGAGGAGGAAAGAGCUUUCCAACAAGAAGUUGAAGCAGUCAAGAAAUGGUGGGCAGAACCUAGAUGGAAAGGCGUUACUAGACCUUACACUGCAGAGGAAAUUGUCAAGAGAAGAUCUACUGUUGCUAAUCCUAAUGCUUCGGAUGCAAUGGCUAGAAAGGCAUUUAAGUUGUUACAAGAACACUCUCAAAAGAAGAGUGCUUCCUUCACCUUUGGUGCUUUAGAUCCAAUCCAUGUCACUCAAAUGGCAAAGUAUCUAGACACUGUUUAUGUCUCUGGUUGGCAAUCAUCUUCAACUGCAUCGACUUCUAAUGAACCUUCUCCAGAUUUGGCUGAUUAUCCUAUGGAUACUGUUCCAAAUAAGGUUCAACAGUUGUUUUAUGCUCAAUUAUUUCACGAUAGAAAACAAAGACAUGAAAGAAUGUCUCUCUCUAAGGAGGAAAGAGCCAAACUUAAUUAUACCGAUUUCUUGAGACCUAUUAUUGCUGAUGCAGAUACAGGUCAUGGUGGUACUACUGCUAUUUUCAAGUUGACCAAGAUGUUUAUUGAAAAUGGUGCUGCUGGUAUUCAUAUUGAAGAUCAAGCUGCUGGAACUAAAAAGUGUGGUCAUAUGGGUGGUAAGGUUUUAGUGCCAAUUCAAGAACAUAUUAAUAGGUUGAUUUGUAUUAGAUCUUCUGCAGAUGUCUUUGGUUCUUCCCUCUUAUGUGUUGCUAGAACCGAUUCAGAGGCUGCUACCUUGAUUACAUCUACUAUUGAUACCAGAGAUCACUACUUUAUCCAAGGUACAACUAACAAGGAGAUUUCUUCAUUAGUUGAUGUUAUGAAUAAGGCAGAAAGAGAAGGUGCUUAUGGUUCCCAAUUGGAACAAAUUGAAUCAGAAUGGAAUAAAAAGGCUAAUGUCCAGAAGUUCAAUGAAGCUGUUGCUGAUUCAAUUAAGAAUGAAUCUUCUAUUAAGGACAAGGAAGCUGCAAUUGCGAAAUUCAACUCCAUUGUUACCCCAUUAUCCCAUCAUUCCUUGGAAGAUGCCCAAAAGGUUGCAAAGGAUAUCUUGGGUUACGAAAUUUACUUCAAUUGGGACAAACCAAGAGUUAGAGAAGGUUAUUACAGAUACCAAGGUGGUACUCAAUGUGCUGUCAACAGAGCUAGAGAAUAUGCUCCCUAUGCUGACAUGGUUUGGAUGGAAACCAAGUUGCCAAUUUUUGACCAAGCAAAGGAAUUCGCUGAAGGUGUCAAGGCUAAAUACCCAGACCAAUGGUUAUGUUAUAACUUAUCUCCAUCUUUCAACUGGAAUUCCGCAAUGUCCCCAGAGGAACAAGAAACUUAUAUUCAAAGAUUGGCAGACCUUGGUUACAUUUGGCAAUUCAUUACUCUUGCAGGUUUGCAUACUACUGCUCUUGCUGUCGACAAUUUUGCAAGAGACUUUGCUAAAAUCGGUAUGAGAGCUUACGGCCGUGAUGUCCAAGCAAAGGAAAUUGAAGAUGGCGUUGAAGUUGUCAAGCACCAAAAAUGGUCUGGUGCAGAGUAUGUUGAUUCCAUCGUCAAGUUGGUCACUGGUGGUGUUUCCUCAACUGCUGCUAUGAGUGCUGGUGUCACUGAAGAGCAAUUCAAAUAG